AUGUUUCGUCGUUUAGUGCACAGGAACCCGCCGAAAGAGGAAGAGGUACAGCAGAGAAAAGAGAUUUUGAGAAGAGAACCGACGACGGGGGAACGGUUUGCCGCUGGCGCGUGCGCGGGCGCCUUAUCGAGAUUCUCCACGGCGCCUAUCGAUAGAGUAAAACUGUUGUUUCAAAUCCAAUCGGAUGGAGGGAAUUUCACGUUCCAAAAAGGCAUGCAGACGACAAAAAAUAUCGUGAAAAAUGAAGGCGUGACGGCGUUAUGGCGAGGCGCAACGCCAGCAAUUGCACGAAUCUUGCCGUAUUCCGCGACAACGUUUGGGACCUAUAACAUAUACAACAAGUUUUUGAUCAAAGCGAUGUAUGACGAAGACGAUUUGGAUUUCACGGAACAGCAAAGCGGGACGGUGUUUACGCGUUUCACCGCGGGCGCAUUAGCCGGAACGACAGCGACGGCGUUGACCUACCCUCUCGAUUUGUUACACGCCAGAAGUGCUGCGUUUGUGGACGGUGCUGAGUCGAGCAAACACUUAAAGCGGUUUAGCGGGUCUCUAACAGAAAGUUCGAGGGUGUUGUUCAGAGCCGUGACCACAGGGGGCGGCGUGAGAGCGCUGUACACGGGGAUAACGCCGACGCUCAUGGGGAUUGUUCCUUACGGAGGGAUCUCGUUUGCAGCGUACGAGACGUUAAAGAGUAGAUUUGAACUGAGCAUUAGAAGGCAUCCGCAAGCGUUUGAGGACCACCCGAGAAUGUUGAUCGCCGGGAAAUUAGCCGCCGGCGCAACCGCCGGUAUGAUUGCGCAAACCGUCACGUAUCCUUUACACAUCGUUCGACGACGAUUACAAGUCGGCGGCGUUUCGAAAAACCCCGCCUCGCCGGCAGGGACGCCUGGGUGUAAACCGAUGUAUUCUUCGGUGUCGCAAGGCUUAUUACGCAUUUAUCAAACGGAAGGUUUACGAAACGGUUUGUUCAAAGGUGUUACGCUGACGUGGUUGAAAGGCCCGUUGGCGAGCGCGUUGGGAUUCACCGCGAACGAUAUAUUUCAGAACAUAAUUCACGAUGCUCGCGCGGAAUUAUCAAACUCGCCCCCCACGCCAACACCGGCGACGUACGACGAGAGAAAACAAAUAUCGAGUUUAGAAGCGCUCAUCGCCGGCGCCACGGCUGGAGCGUGCGCGAAAACGACCAUAGCGCCUUUAGAUCGCGUAAAAAUCAUGUACCAAGUAGAUCCAAACAGAAAGUUUACAGUAAACAGUGCGUUUGAGUUGGGGAAAAAAAUAGUCAGAGAGGAUGGGGUUAUUGCAUUAUGGCGUGGGAAUGGCGUGCAGAUGCUUCGAGUCAUUCCGUACGCGGCGACGAGUUUUUUCGCCUUCCCAAAGUAUUUAGAAAAAACGACGCACUAUCUGAGCGAUGGAAACGAAAGUUCGGGAACGCCGACCUUUGCGCGAUUCGUUGCCGGUGCGAUGUCGGGCGCGACGGCGACGACGUUGACGUAUCCACUCGACUUAUUGCGCGCGAGAUUUGCGGCAGGUGCGGAAACGCACAAGAAAGCAGCCAUUGAAGAUUUAGUCGAUAUCAUCAAGAAAAGAGGGGUUCGCGGAUUGGCGUCUGGAUUAACGCCUACGCUUUUAGGAAUAAUGCCUUACGCUGGAAUUUCGUUCGCCACGUUUGAAACCUUGAAAGCGGCGUCGAUAAAAAUGAAACAGCAUGAACAAAAAGAUGGCGACGACGUGAAAAUGGACGAGUCCUCCUCGCGCGAGGACCUUCCGGUGACGAGCCGUUUACUAUUCGGCGGUUUUGCCGGUUUAUUGGCGCAGACAUGCACGUAUCCGUUAGAUAUUGUCCGACGACGAGUACAAGUACACGGACAAGUGAAUGGAACAUCUUCCGUCGUAAGUGCACUCGUGCACAUAGGCAAAACGGAGGGAUUAUCGGGACUGUACAAAGGAUUGACGAUGAAUUGGAUGAAGGGGCCUCUGGCGGUGGCCAUAUCUUUCACGACAAACGACAUGGUGAAAGCUCGAAUAAAGCAGUGGCACGAAGAGAACGACAAAUAG